UAACGUUCCCGUAUGUAGCAACGCGUGUACCCGGAUGUUACGUAAGAUGGCGGCGGUUGGAGCUGGAGUUAUCGUAUUGUCGGUGUUGUGGGUUUCUGUCAUUGUCCUGUGUAUUUUCCUCGCAAAGUCUACUUCAGCUGGUAAGCUUAUUCCAGUCGUUCUAAUCGUUGCGGUGGUGUUCACUCUAAUAUUGAUAUUCUUACCGCGCAAAGAUCCAGGAGAAAGCAACACAGCAGAGCAGGAUUAUGACACUACGAUCGUGAGUCGUACGGCUAUGCUGGUGGCUCUGAGUCUGGCACUACUCGUCGCACUAAUCCUCAUAUUCACACUACACAUCAUGGAACCGAUCUACGCUCAACAACGACACACACACUAACACACAG